AUGAUACUGAUUCUUGUUGACAACUGUCCAGUACAUCCUGCACUUUCUGGUCUGGAGAAUGUUAAUCUUGUUUUUCUUCCUACAAAUAUGACAAGCUUAAUGCAGCCCAUUGCCCAACGACUAAUUCAGUGUUUGAAAUGCCACUGUCAUACGCUCAUAUUAAUGAAAAAGACACAAAGCAUUGAGAAAAAGCAGGAUUAUUCUGUUACAAUGGUGGAUGUGAUCAGAUGUGUUACCAAAGCUCGGUGUUGGGUCACAGUCCAAACCAUCAAGAAAUGUUUCAAUCAUGUGGGAAUCACAGAUGAAGGAAUAAAUGCCAUCAAAACUGAAGACACAUUCAAUGACACUGAUGACCUACUGCUAUCUGAACUGCUGCCAGAAAACUGCGACAUUCUCAAUCAGUGUGACUAUGAAAUAUAUGCAACAAUAGAAGAUGAUCUUGUUACAGCCAAAGUGGAACAUAAGACAAAAUUGCUAAUGAAGCGAAGAAUCAGGGUCAAAGUGGCCAUAAAGUGA